CAAGAUGACCAAACAUUUAGUUACCAACCUAUGCAACUUCCAUAAUGUGCCUGUGCCAGCUGGAGUCAAUAAAUUAGAUGAUGCUCUUCCUUCAAGGAGUUACAGUGAGGACAAUGACAUGGAAGAUGAGGAGGAAGAAGAGGAAGAAGAAGAGGAGCAACAGGAGGAAGAUUGUUUAGACCAUUAUGAGAUGGAAGAAGAACCAAGUCAUUUGGCAGCUGACAAGAAAGAUGAAGAGAUUGACAGUCAAAAUAUGGAAAUAUUAGAAAGAAUAAAAUUGAAUCAAAGGAGAGAUUACUUGAAGGGUGCUGUAUCUGGGUCUGUGCAAGCAACAGAUAGGUUAAUGAAAGAAUUACGCGAUGUAUAUAGGUCUGAUAGUUACAAAAAAGGUGUCUACCAAGUGGAUCUAGUCAAUGAUAGUCUGUAUGAUUGGAAUGUUAAGUUAAUGGCGUAUAGUGUAGAUCCAGACAGUCCAUUACAUAGUGAUUUACUUACAUUAAAAGAAAAAGAAGGCAAAGAUCAUAUCUUGCUCAAUAUGACCUUUAAAGAAAAUUUUCCCUAUGAACCACCGUUUGUGCGAGUGGUGUUUCCAGUUCUUACUGGAGGUUAUGUGCUCGGCGGUGGCGCAAUUUGUAUGGAGCUGCUAACAAAACAAGGCUGGAGUAGUGCGUACACAAUAGAAGCUGUAAUCAUGCAAAUAUCAGCAACAUUAGUGAAAGGAAAAGCUAGGAUACAGUUUGGAGCAUCUAAAGUCAGUGUGAGCUGGUUUACACCUCCAAAGGAAGACGGAUAA